AUGGCGCCGGGAGAUGAGAUGCAAAAAUUCACUCGCAGCUUCUUUCGCUCUUGCCCCGACCUCAGAUGCAUAGACUCGGUUACGCACUCCGUGCGACAGAAAAUUUUGAUUCACGUGGGUCGGGAUCAUCUUGAACCUGAGGAGAAGCAGGCGUUGAAGCGGCUGGUGGAGGAGGAGCUGCUGAAAAUGCAGGCGGAUGCUGGAACCAGGGAAGGAAAACCAGACUUUAUCAAAGUGAAGAGGUCUCCUGCUCCCUGCAGUGGCCCAGAGAAGAAAAGGUUCCGCUUCAAUUCGGAGUCAGAAUCCAGCUCUACGCCAUCCAGUCCAGACCAUUCAGGACCCUCAACAAAGAACAGGACAACCAAGAAGACAUGUCUAGGAAGAACCUUAAAGAAAGCAGUUGAGAGCUCAGAUGAAGACCUCCAAACAGAGCUGGGUGCAGAGAUGGGACUGGAGGAGAGCAGUAAGGAGGAAGCAGAGGGCUCUGUCAGAUCAGGUGAGAUAACCGAGGAAGAGGAGGACGGGAGAAAAGAACAGAAGGGCGGCCUUAGAAAGCAAGCCGGGGCCAAGGACAAGCAAGGACCACUCCAGGCAGCCAGGAAGCAGGUUAGGGAAGAGAGUGGGAGCAGUGAGGAGGAGGCUGUGUGGCCGAGAGCAAAGGUGGAGGGAAGCACAGGUGCUAACCGCCUGGAGGAGAGUGAAGAGAGCGGAGAAGAGAGCCCAGCUAAGAAGAAAGAGCAUAGCGAGCCCAGAUGGAGAAGUAACAGAGCAGGGAGACCAACCAGGGAGAGAAAGAGCUAUAAGCAGAAAAGCAGGCCUGGGAGGGCAACUGGGGGCUUGGGAGACAGCGAGGCAGAGAAGGAAGGGGGCACAGUAAGCAGUGGGGACAGCAGUGAGGAGGAAGAAGAGCACACAGUGAAGGUCAGGACCCAGGCCGAGAGUGGGAGGAGGCAGAGCACAAGCACCGUGGAUGACAGUAACAGCACACAGGAGCAAGCAGCAGUUCAAGGCACUACAAAGUCAGGCAGCAGUAAUGGUGACAGUGCUACAGAGAGGGAAGUGAGUGACUCCCAGGCAGGACAAAACACCAAAGAGGAGAGGAAGAGCCGCUCUUCCAACAAGAGCUCCAAGAACGGCAAGGCCCGAAGUUCCUCAUCUUCAUCAGAUUCAAGUCCAGAACCCACAGGUCAUAAGGCCGUCUCUCAUCGCUGUGGAGAGGACCACCCAGCUGUGGCUAGACUAAAGCGUUACAUUCGAGCCUGUGGUGCCCACCGAAACUACAAAAAGCUGCUGGGCUCCUGCAGAUCCAACAAGGAGCGCCUGAGUGUCCUCAGGGCUGAGCUGGAAGCACUGGGCAUGAAGGGAAAUCCUUCCUUGGAGAAGUGUCGCGCUCUGAAGCUGCAGCGGGAAGAGGCUGCUGAAGUGGCUGCCUUGGAUGUUGCCAACAUCAUCAGCAGUACAGGCCGGCCACGAAGACGAAAUGCCUGGAACCCUUCAGGGGAAAGAAUCUCCCCGGGAGAGCUUUAUCACCGAACCCUGGACUCUGAAGAGGAGCGGCCACGCCAAGCACCUCCAGACUGGUCCCAUAUGCGUGGCAUCAUCAGCAGUGAUGGUGACAGCAGCUGAACUCCAUGUCCACAAUGGACCUUACCCUGUUAUACAAGAGCCUGUUCAGUGGAAGCAACUUCCAAAGACAGACUACAGUAGCAGGAUCCAAGUUAUUGGCAUACUAGUCAAUUUCCUGUUCUCUAAGAUGGCUUUGGGGUUCAUGUGCAAGCAUCCUCUCCAGGCAUUUGAGGGGACUGUUGUUUUGUUUUUAAAGACUCAAUAAAAGAAUGUUUGUAAUUACUUCAUCCAAACUGCACCCAAACCGUCAUCCCCUGUCCUUUGGGGCCAAGAAUUUGGGAAGUAGCCCUUGCUACCAGGCAGUAGUCUAAUUCUCUCUUAUCGAUUCCAGAGUUGUCCUAGCCCCUGGACUGUGUCAUUCAGUCUGUCACCAGACUGUAUCAGAGAGGAUAUGGCACUUCCUCCUCCAGUGUGACCAAUCUGGCCUUAACAAUGUAAAGUUUACUCCAAGAAUGUAUGCCUAGCAUGAAUAAAGCCCUGGGUCUCA